AUGUUCGCCUCUAUUACGUUCCAGGUUCCAUGUUUCCUCUUUAUCAUCCUUUCGUUGUCCAUCAGCACUUUCACCCACCCUACUCAAGCCCGAAACAACAACACUGACUGCUACUGUUUCCCCGGUGAGGAAUGCUGGCCCACCGCAUCCCAGUGGGAUGCUUUCAACCGCACGGUGGGCGGUCGACUCAUCGCGACGAUCCCAAUUGCCAGUCCCUGCCACGAAAACAACCCUUUCGCCCCCUACGAUAAAUCCGCCUGCCAGGCCGUUCGGGAAACCUGGCUCCUUCCUCAAACACACUAUGAAAGCUCUUCGUCCAUAAUGGCGGGCUUCUACGCUAACCAGAGCUGCGACCCGUUUCUACCCCCAAGCGCUCACUGCAUUACUGGCACAUAUGUUCAAUAUUCGGUGCAGGCGCAGUCCGCGACUGAUAUUCAAAAGACUAUUUCCUUUUUAAGCGCACACCGCAUCCGUCUUGUCGUCCGUAACACCGGACACGACUACCUGGGAAAGUCAACCGGUGCGGGCGCUGUUGCCAUCUGGACGCAUCAUCUCAAGGAAAUCAACUUCUUCGAUUAUCAGUCCCCGGGAUACUCGGGUAAGGCGGUCAAAGUUGGCGCGGGUGUGCAGAUCUUCGAAGCAAAUGCUGCGGCAAGCGAACAAAACUUGGUGGUAGUCGGGGGUAACUGUAGGACUGUCGGGCUGGCUGGGGGCUAUACUCAGGGAGGUGGCCACGGUCAGCUUGUCUCGCAGUUCGGGUUAGCGGCCGAUCAGGUAUUAGAGUGGGAGGUUAUCAGCGGGACAGGCCAAUUGAUUACGGCGUCGCCGCACAAUGAAUAUGCGGAUCUAUACUGGGCGCUUUCAGGGGGUGGAGGUGGCACAUAUGGCGUGGUGGUCUCGAUGGUGAGCAAGGCAUACCCGGAGCUGAGGACGGCGACGGCCAAUCUAUCCUUCACCAGUCUCGGCGCUGCUCAGGGAGACUUUGAUGGUGUCGUGGAUACCUUUUUCAGUCACAGCCUUGGGCCUCUCCUUGAGGCUCGGGGGGCCAGCGUCUGGUUCCUAACCAGUGCGUCUUUCACGAUGGCGCCGACAACGAUCCCCGGCGGAUCGAGAGAGCAGCUGCAGAAGAUAUUGGACCCAGUCCUUAUCGCGCUGAGAAAAACCAACAUCACAUACUCAUAUCAUAUCGAAGAAUUUCCCACCUUCUACUCCAGCUUUGAAUCCAUGAGCCCAGAUGUCAACGUGACUGAAUUCAACCUUGGAGGCAGAUUCAUCCCACAGUCCAUUCUUGACUCGGAGCCGAUCACCCUCACUGAUAAAUUCCGCGUUAUUACGGGAUAUGGAGCAACGGUAUCUGGUAUAUCCGUCAAUGCCUCUCGACCAAGUCACCAUGAUCCAAAGAAUUCUGUGAAUCCUGCUUGGCGCACGGCGGCAAUAAGUCUCGUCGUUGGAACACCUUUCAGCUCCACCAAUCAUUCUCUCAAUAUUGUCAACCAGCAGCUGAUCACCGAUACUUUGAUUCCCGAAUUAGUGGAUCUCGUACCCGGCAGCGGUGCAUACCUGAAUGAGGGAGAUGCUCAUCAGCCUGAAUGGCAGACCACGUUCUAUGGCAGGAACUAUAACCAGUUGCUGAAGGUGAAAAAAAGGUAUGACCCUCUGGAUAUUUUCUAUGCUCUGACAGGGGUUGGAAGUGAGGCCUGGGCGGAGAGUAUAGAUGGUAGACUAUGUCGGAUCCAGGUAUAG